GCCACCAACAGCGGGGGCCUAGGAGUUCGCCAUGAAGAGAAGAGAAGGGUCAUGAGGGAAAUGGAUUCUGCGGCAUCUUCCCCGUUUGCGGCCACUCGGAGCCCCCUCUCUUGGGGCCCUGGGGCUACUCCAGGAGACGAUCUCCCGGAUGAGAAGCCGAUCGGGGGGGAAAGCCCCAGGGUCUCCAGGCCCCAGUUUUUCUUGAGGCCCCUUUUUCUCAUGGCGAGGAUUCUCCAUGGUGGACGGCACCUUCGGGGAAGGGGACUGCGACAUCGCGGUGGGCAAGGCGGGAAACGAGGAAGAGGGCGAUGUUGACGUGGCGGUCGCGUGGAUUCCUUACGCCGCCGGCUUUUUGUCCGGAUACGUGGCUGCGCCAGAGACCCCACAGCACGCUGUGUCGACAGUAGCUGGGACAUGGGAGGACAGCGACUCGCACUCCUCGGACUUCGAGAGUGGGUGGAGCGUCACUUGGGUCUUCGGGCACGAGAUGUACGGCGAUCACGCAGUCGUGAGCGGCAGGGGAGGACUGGGGAGGUACGAAGACGGCAUGCUGUUCGCCAUCGCCACCGACUCCGGGCGGAGCAACAAUAAGCUCAACACCGUCGGGGUGCGCCCCAUGGAUGACCCUCCGGGUUGGCGAGUGAAGGUGCACGAGGACAACGACCCCUCGAGCGGGCACUCUGCGCUUCCCGAGGAGUCGAUGUUUGCAUUCGUCGUCGUGCCGUUUGUUGGGACGAUUCGCCUCCACGCUGCGUGGGUGAAUGGCAUGACGGGGGUGCCGUACCGCAGCACAGGGAAUAUGAAGGUCAUGAGGACUGGAGUCGGCACUUUCCUGUUACAGGUCGGGCGCAAGGGCGAGAAGGACGGCGUGCUUCUGUUGCAGACCGCGGGGGGCAAUGCCUCCAGCAUCUCCUGCGCCUUCUUGUCUUACGAGUGGAACGAGCUGCGUCGCGCCUUCGAGGUGCAGGCCCGGCACGUGAGCACCGGCGGCCCCGGUGAAGAGAGGUUUUUGUUGGUGGAUGUCGAUUUCUACGCGCUGUGGAUGGACCACAAGAGCCCCCCCGUGUCUGUCGCGGCCAAGCUGGACCAGCCUCCCUCGUGGGCCGGAUGCUUCCUCCACAAGUUGGACCAGAUGUUCGACCUGGACGACUGUGUGGACAGCCCCUUGGGCUGGAGAGACAAGCUCGAAAAGCCCUGCACCGACUACGCAGAGCUCGAGUACUGCACAAGGUCUGGGGGCUACGGCUCUGGGUGGCUGCCGCAGAUGGGAGACUUUUCGAAUUGGUCAGGCCAAGGGCAUGACGCCUCGACAGCAUGCUGCGCAUGCGGCGGGGGCUCUUCUAUGAAGAGGGCGAAGUACAUGGGUAAGGAUUUCAGCGUCACCACCUGCGUGGAUGCGUGCGAAGGUUUUACUUAUGCUGCCGUGCAGUCCGGCCAGUGCCGCUGUGGUGACUUCCUCCCGGACGAGGCCACGAGGCUGAAAGACUCCGAGUGCGGCACUGCCUGCCCAUUCGAGGGAGCGGAGCCCUCGCUCCAGUGCGGCGCAGACGGCCGGAACGCGGUCUACAGGACGAAUUUCGUGAUGCUGGAGUACCUCCUGCGCGGUGGCGGGUUAUGA